CGACUCGAGGUUUAAAACGAGCACGUAUCCUCAUAUGUCUGCGACAUUGGACUGUGGUUCCUAAGUUCAUCUGUUGUUCUUUUUCUCCAAAACCUGUAAUUCCCGGUAAUACCAAGGCGAGACGAUAGCGUCAAUAAAGAGCCAAACUACAGAAACACAGGAAUAAUCAGAAACAACAACAGCAGUCAAUAUGGCUAAGACAUCUAUCAAGCUCAACUCGGGCUAUGAAAUGCCCCUUGUCGGAUUCGGAAUCUGGAAGGUUCCGGUCGACAAGACUGCUCAGGCCGUUUACGAUGCCAUCAAGCUCGGCUACCGUCAGAUCGACGGUGCCUACGACUACACCAACAGCAAAGAGGCCGGUGAGGGUGUCCGCCGCGCCAUCGAGGAGGGUAUCGUCAAGCGUGAGGACCUCUUCAUCACCUCGAAGCUGUGGAACAAUUACCACAAGCACGAGCACGCCAUCGAGAUGGCCAAGCACGAGGUCGACACAUGGGGCAUUGGCUACCUCGACCUGUUCCUGAUCCACUUCCCCAUCUCCCUCGAGUACAUCUCGCACUCCAAGAUGCCCUACCCCUGCUUCUGGCCCGACCGUGAAAAGAGCCGCAGCACCCCUCUCCAGUACACCCCCGUUGCCGAGACGUGGGCCGCCCUCGAGAGCCUCGUCAAGACCGACUCCAACCCCGACGGCAUCCUCCGCUCCAUCGGAGUCGCCAACUUCCGCGCCCAGCUGCUCACCGACCUGUGGGGCAGCGCCAAGAUCAAGCCCGCCGUCAACCAGAUCGAGCACCACCCUUACCUGGUCCAGCCCCAGCUUCUUGCCUUCCUCAAGGACCACGGCAUCGCCAUCACCGCUUACAGCUCCUUCGGACCCCAGAGCUUCGUCGAGCUCGACCACCCGCGCGUCAGCAAGGUCGAGCCCCUCUUCACCCACCCCACCAUCAAGGCCAUCGCCGACAAGCACGGCCGCACCGGCGCCCAGGUUCUGCUGCGCUGGGCCACCCAGAGGGACAUUGUUGUCAUCCCCAAGAGCAACAACGUCGACCGCCUCAAGCAGAACCUCGACUGUGUCAGCUUUGACCUGUCCGACGACGAGGUCAAGCAGAUCUCGGAUCUGGACUGCGGCGUGCGCUUCAACGACCCUGCUGACCUGAGCCCUCCCAUCUACAUCUUCGACUAAGCGAGGAAACCGAAUGGUGGGAUGUCCUGGUCUCUGAUGGCUAAAAUUUGAAUGUCAAUAAAGAAUAAGGCACAGUUUAGGCCUGGCUGUAAAAUAGUAGACAUAGCCAAAAGAAUAACAUUUGAGUUCAUCCAUGGAUUAGUGAAAAAA